AUGUUCGGCAUCGGCAUGAAGGAGCGCGACGCCGCCGAGGUCACGGUGCUCGAAACGGACCUCGCCAGCUUCACCGCCCUCGUCCGCUACCUCCUCACCGACCAGCUCGACCUCGGCGAGGGGGAGGGCGAGCAGGCGCGGCGCGCGCUCGACCUGCGGCAGCUGGCGCAAAAGUACCAGGUGCCGCGCCUCGAGCUGCUCUGCGCACAGGCGCUGCAGGAGAGCGUCGGGCCGGCGAGCGCCGUGCCGCUGCUCGAGGCGGCGCACACGACGGGCGACGGGCGGCUCCUCGCGCAGUGCCGCCGCUUCGUGGCCGACCACGCCGCCGAGGUGCGCGCGAGCGGCGGCGUGGAGCAGCUUCGCGACCUCGGCGUGGCCAAGGGGCUGCUCGGCGACGCGCUCGACCAGGUGGCGGAGCUGCAGAAGGGGCGCACGGCGGCCGCCUGA